UAUUAUAAACAAGAAAAUAAUAAAAAUAAACGAAAAGUAACGUUGAAAAUGGCAAAGGCAAUAAAGACAAUAUGUUUAGAGAUUUUAAUGUAUCUAACGAUUGUUACGAUGGCUGGGCAUGUGAUUGCACAUUUCUUUGACUAUUACGUGACUAGGAACGAACUGAGUCAAAUGAAGAUAGCCCUUAAUUCGUUAAAGAUCACCCUCAAUUCUAUGGGAAAUGGUUACAACCGACUCAACGACGAAUUUACCGAAAUCAUAAAAGAAGGUAGUAAUAUGCAAGAGAGCAAACAAAAAUAUAAAUAUAAAACAAAAGAACACGAUAUUAAAGGCAUAAAAAAAGAAUUUGAUUCAAUACUAAACAAUAUAAAACAGAAAGAUAGUGUGACUACUAUUGAAGAAUAUAACAAUUUGAAAGGUGAACCUACUUUGGGUAAUAUUUCUCCUAUUAGGAGAAAAACAUAUUUGAAAGAAAAACAUACGCAAAGUGGCAUUACUUCUAUUCAAAGAGAUAACAUUUUAAGAGACAGAACAACAUCAGGUUCUAUCGUCGGUAUCGACAUGUCCCCGCUCUAUUGAAAUCGUGCACCGGCCGGCCGCGACGCUGCAUGAUGUCAUUCAUCCACACACACUCACACACGCAGCACGUAGUGGACCCGCCUGUUUACACUAGCUCAGAUAAGAGUGAGGUGACAUCACUUACCGUGACUGUGAUUA